GAUCGCCAUGGCAGCCGUCCAUGGCUACCUGUGCGUCUCCUUGGCCGUCGUCUUGUUCACUCUGGUGCUCCACAAGCUCGCGAGGAACAGGAACGGCAGUGGAUCCGGCCAACUGAGGCUUCCGCCGGGGCCAUGGCAGCUGCCGGUCAUCGGCAACCUCCACCAGCUGAUGGUGCACGGCCCGCUCGUCUACCGCACCAUGGCGAGCAUGGCUCGCCGGCUGGACGCGCCGCUCAUGUCGCUCAGGCUCGGCGAGGUGCCCGUCGUCGUCGCCUCGUCGGCCGACGCCGCCAGGGAGAUCACCAAGACGCACGACGUGAGGUUCGCGACGCGGCCGUGGAGCGCCACCAUCCGCGUCCUGAUGAGGGACGGCGCCGGGCUGGUGUUCGCGCCCUACGGCGCUCUGUGGCGGCAGCUCCGCAAGAUGGCCAUCCUCGAGCUGCUCAGCGCCCGCCGCGUCCAGUCGUUCCGCCACGUCCGGGAGGACGAGGCGCGCCGCCUCGUCGCCGCCGUGGCCGCGGAGCGGCGCCCCGGCGAGGCCGUGAACGUCAGCGAGCGGAUCGCCGUGUUCGUCGCCGACUCGUCGGUGCGCAUGAUCAUGGGCGACCGGUUCAAGAAGCGGGACGAAUUCCUGGAGAGCCUCGCCGAGGGGAUCAGGAUCUCCUCCGGGUUCAACCUCGGCGACCUGUUCCCGUCGUCGAGGCUGGCCAGCUUCGUCAGCGGCACGACGCGUCAGGCGGAGGCGAACCAUCGCCGGAGCUUCGAGUUGAUAGAUUGCGCUCUGAGGCAGCACGAGGAGCGGAGGGCGGCAGCUGCCGGCGCCGGUGCUGUGGACGACGAGGACCUCAUUGAUGUGCUUCUCAGAAUUCAGAAGGAAGUGGGGCUCGAAGUACCUCUCACCAUGGGUAACAUCAAAGCCGUCAUUCUUGAUCUUUUUGGUGCUGGAAGUGAGACAUCAGCGAAUACCCUCCAAUGGGUGAUGUCCGAGCUCAUCAUGAAUCCAUCGGUGAUGUUGAAGGCACAAGCUGAACUACAUGACACCCUCCAAGGAAAGCCAAUUGUGACAGAAGAUGACUUGGCUGGAUUGAAGUACUUGAAGCUAAUUAUUAAGGAGACCUUACGGCUGCAUCCGGUUGUGCCAUUGCUUGUUCCGAGAGAAUGCCAGGAGACAUGUAAGGUCAUGGGGUUUGACAUCCCCGUUGGUACUACUGUGCUCGUAAACGUAUGGGCAAUCAGUAGAGACCCUAAGUAUUGGGAAGAUCCUAAAAUGUUCAGGCCAGAGCGAUUUGAAAAUAUCCAUAUAAACUUCAAAGGAACAGACUUUGAAUUUAUACCAUUUGGUGCGGGACGAAGGAUGUGCCCUGGCAUAACAUUUGCCGAAGCAAGCAUGGAGCUUGCUCUGGCGUCGCUACUCUAUCACUUUGACUGGGAGCUCCCCAGUGGUUUCUAUUCAACCAAGCUGAACAUGGUGGAGAAGAUGGGUGGUACUGUCCGAAGAAAGAACGAUCUUUAUCUUGUUCCAACUGUUCGUAUGCCUCCGUCGGCUGCUCCGUAGUUAUUCUCACCUAGCUUUACUCUUUGAUGAAAUUCCUACCCUUAAUUGCAAGUAAUUAAGAACUUGCCUACUUGUCUGGAAUUAGAAUAAGAAACCCCUCAUUUC